CCGCGAAUGGGUCCUUCAGGGCUUCAAACUCGAAAAGCCCAAUCCACGCACUGCCUAUCGUUAAAGGACAAACCGGCCAUGCGAGCCUACUCCUGGUUGUUGAAUGUUGACCACCAAGCGGCAGCCAUGAAAUGAAUCGGGCAAAUCUUCUUUGACCGCUGCAGGAGAAUUCGUCCAGCAAGCCUACUCCUGAAGGUUGGAAUUUCGAGGUCCUCCGUCGGGGAAACACAGCAAGUAAGCAAAGCCAUCGACUGCCCGCAAUUCGCUGGUGGGGGAGCAAAGCUUCUCAGGUGGGAAACACCAAUGUCUGUGUUAGCUUUUACACCGGUAGUUCUUCGCACUCCGACAUCUGUAAAGGCAUCUUUCCCCUGCCAACCACGUCCCAAAUUCAGGACCAGCGUCUCCCUCGCCGCAGCUCCGGCUACCCAAAUCGGCUUCUCCGACCCUUUUGUGCUCCAAUUAGCCGAGACCCUCGAGGACUCCCACUCUCCUUCCCCCCUCCCUUCCCUCCAGAAUCUCAGAGACACCUCAUCUGAAUCUUUACUCUCUUCUCCUUGGCCUUCUCGCAGAGAUGAGGCAUUUCGGUUCACGGAUACUUCACUCAUUAGGCAAUCCCAAAUCCUUCCAGUUACUCAACCUCCUAAAGUUGGGAAUUUGGCAACCGGGUCUGAAGAUACCAACUUCUCCCAUCUCUUUAUCGCUGAUGGGUUUCUGGUGAAUUCCAUCCCUUGUGCAUCCAGUUUGCCUGAUGGAGUUUUCAUCGGCAGCUUAUCGAGUGACUCUUCCGAUGGGAUUCGAGAAAAGCUUUCUUCUUUGUUCAGUGAUUUUCAGUGGGGUGAUAUGUUUUGGUCCCUCAAUGGGCUGGGGGCACCGGAUGUUACUGUUAUUUAUGUUCCUGCAGGGGUUAGAGUAGAGACUCCAAUCCAUCUGAAGUAUUUAUCUGUUGAAGGGAGAGAGGGGGGAUCUAAAGUUUUGCCCCUUUCCAAUCCUAGGGUGUUUGUGGUGGUGGAAGAUGGAGGUGAGAUUGGAAUAAUAGAAGAGUUUGUGAGUAGUGAGGGAAAUGAAAACAAAUGUUAUUGGAGUAAUUCAGUUUUGGAGGUGGUGAUUGGCAAAGGUGCAAAGGUUAAACAUUCUUAUGUGCAGAAUCAGUCUUUCAACUCUGCACACAUCAAGUGGACUUCAGUGAGGCAGGUAUUUUACUGGUCCCUAAAGUUAUAAGGCAGUGAAACAUGGUAUUUUUUGGGAAGUUUGUGGUGUGUCUAUCAUCAUUCAUCAGCAUUAGAGAUGUGGAGAAUUGCCAAGUCUGCCCUCUGGUGGCAUUAGCCUAUGAUAUAUGCAGGAAGAGACCUAAGCUGAUGCUGCAAAAUCAAGCAAUAAAGAACAAGAUGAGAGUGCAUAUAUGAUCUGUGUUCGCUUUGAUUUGUGAUUGUGCUUUAGUAGUUGAUGCAUCCAUGCUUCUGUUUCUUACCAGACCUACCUCCUUCUUUAACAGAGAAUGAACAAGAUUUAACUGCCAUACGGUUUGACACAAAAGGUGACCGCCCACUUGCAGGAAUCAGAAAGUAGGUACGAACUCGUGGAGGCAAGUAGUGGCGGGAAAUUGAGCAGGCACAAUCUUCACAUUCAGCAGUUAGGCCCCGACACGGAAACAGAAGUUUCAACCUUUCAUUUGUCCGCAGGGGAUCAAACCCAGGAUCUCCACAGUAGGCUGAUCUUUGACCACCCAAGAGCUUAUUCUCGACAGCUUCACAAGUGCAUCAUUGCUCACUCCUCGGGACAAGCCGUGUUCGAUGGGAACGUAAGGGUUAACAGGUAUGCGCAACAGACGGAUGCCGGGCAAUUAACAAGGAGUCUGCUGUUGGAGCCUCGAGCAACCGUGAAUGUGAAACCCAACCUCCAAAUCAUAGCAGACGACGUGAAGUGCUCCCAUGGAGCUGCGAUCAGCGACCUGGAAGAAGAUCAACUGUUCUACAUGAGGGCACGGGGGGUGGACUUGGACACAGCAAGGAAGGCCCUCGUGUUCUCCUUUGGGAAGGAAGUAGUUGAUCGGUUGCCACAUUCGUACUUACGGGAAGGAGUUGAGAGGCAAGUGAAGGAAGUGCUUCGUAGGUUGACUUCUGAGAAUGAAUGAACUUGGAUAAGGGAGAGUAAGCGAGUUACAUCCUGUGUAAUACUACAAUGCGAUCAUGCAAUUUGUAAAAUUGUAUGUGGGCUGUGUCUAAUACUAGAUCGAGAUUUGAGGCAAAUGAAGGGGGUUUUGUACUUCUUCAAGUUUAAUAUUAUAUCUCAAUUCAUCAACAAUUUUGUCUCUCUGUUUGGGUUUGCUUCUGCUGCCCUUUCCAUUAGUUAUGAUCUUCUUUGUGGAAUGCAAUGCAGCUCUUGGAUAACUUUAUAUAUUUGCCUCUGCCCAUGAGUUCACAUGUGUGGAUAUGGUUGAUUGGGUUGGAAGAGGGAUAACUAGGCAAGGAAUGUACCUUCCAUAUCCUGUUUAACCUCAUGUUCCCAUCCAUUCCAUACAUCAACUUUGUUUUCCGUCACUGGAAGACAAAAUUCAAAUCAGAGAACGGAGAAGAAAGAAACUUGUAUGGCUUCUCUCUAAUUUUGGCUCUGGAAAAUUCGUUUGUUCCUUUAGUAUGCCGACGGGAAAGGGGUCCGAGUAUUACGUUUGGAUAUAAUUAGAUCUCUUCUAAGUUCUACCCUUCACCUGUGCAACUCGUUUAUUCUGUUCUGCUUUCAAUUUGAUUUCUUGGGAAUAAAAAACAGGGUAGGCUAGGCCUUCUGAAAGGAGGAGACCUAUUCCAUUCCUCCAUUUGCUUCCCUCCACAAUUGUAUUGUGGGCUCUUGUUUGCCGAUAAAACUUCCGGUUCCUCAACCUCAUUGCUUUGCAUUUGCUGCAUUUCCCCUUCCCUACCUUGAAGCUCGAAGGGUUCCAAUCUUCCUCCUUUGGUGGUGACUGGCUAGCCGCGGGUCCCACCACCGCCCACCGUGGUGGAACGGAGGUCAGGCCGACGACAAAGUCUGGUGUGCAACGUGGCUGACUGAGAAGAAGGACGGCGGCGAGGUGGGAGGUCAAUUCGCUUGACCUCCCAGAUUUCCGUUUCCUUCUCAGGUAAAGAUUCAAUAUCCCCAUUUGAAUAUCCUUUCACCAGAAGCAUUGAUUCCGUUUCCGACCCUCAAUUCAUUUCCAUUUGGUGGCAGCUCGGAUCCCCCGUCGGAAUUGGUGUCUUCUUAUGAAAAGUUGCCGUCUUUCGGCUUCGUUCAACAUGGGUUCUUUGUCUGGAAUUUUCCACCGCCCCGUGGUAGCAGCCGCCGCCGUUGCCGUCGCCUCUGUUUCCACCGAUAGAUUGCCUUCUCUGAAACCGACGCAAGAUUCUUCUGCCGAAUUGCAUUCGUUGCCGCUUCCUGAUUCCAGCUUCUCAUGGGCUUCUUCUCGUGCUUCCUUGUCCAAGCUAGCAGAUUUCAACUUCGUCAGCAGAAUUCGUGUUCCAAUCCCCAAUGUUAACGUCCUGGCCCCUGUUUCGACCCAAGGCUUGCCUCCCAUUAAUGCUGCCACAUCAACAGCUUCUUGGGUGGCUGCCUCGCCUCUCCUCGCGGAUUUGUACAACUCCGCGCAGCUGACGAAAGGGCCUACGCAUUCUGCACCAUUGAUCACCCUGGCUUCCUCAACCCCUGAUGUUCUGUACCGGUGGCACCUGCCAAACCCUAAUGCCAUUGAUGUCAAUGGCUCUUCGGAUUGCUCGUCCGCGAAGUCUAGGACCGUUGUAGUUUUGCUGGGAUGGUUGGGAUCGAAGCAGAGGCAUCUGAAGAAGUAUGCUGAGUGGUAUACCUCAAUGGGAUUCCAUGCCAUUACAUACACAUUCCCCAUGUCUGAGGUUCUCAGCUAUCAGGUAGGGGGUAAAGCUGAGCAGGAUGUGGAGUUGCUAGUCAACCACCUUGCCGAUUGGUUGGACGACGAGCCUGGGAAGAAUAAGGAGAAGAAGAACGUUGUUUUCCAUACUUUCAGCAAUACAGGAUGGUUGACUUAUGGAGCUAUAUUGGAGAAGUUUCGAGAGCAAGAUCCUAGCUUAGUGGAAAGGAUUAGGGCAUGUGUUGUGGAUUCUGCACCAGUUGCAGCUCCUGACCCACAGGUAUGGGCUUCGGGAUUCUGUGCUGCAUUUCUGAAGAAGAACAGUGUGGCUACGAAAGGGCAUUCGAUUUCGGAUGUGGAGCUUAGAGUUGGCACUGUGAAAUCGCUCAACCAGCCAGCAAAGCCUGCACUAACUGAAGCAGCUCUGCAAGUGGUUCUGGAAAAGUUCUUUGGUGUGGUUCUGAAUCUUCCUACAGUGAACAAGAGACUCUCUGAUAUACUGAGUGUGCUAUCUUCGGACCAACCAAGGUGUCCACAGCUGUACAUUUACAGCUCAGCAGACAGAGUGAUCCCUGCUGGAUCGGUGGAAUCAUUCAUAGAGAAGCAGAAGAAGGCUGGGCACGAGGUUAGAGCGUGCAACUUUGUGUCGACGCCUCAUGUUGAUCAUUUCAGUAGUGACCCGAAAUUGUAUACUGGUCAGCUCGCCCAGUUCAUUGACGAUUGUGUGAUUAGAUGCUGCAACCAUUCUUGACUGAUAUUUUAUUAACAUCUUAAAUGAAGGGAGGGCAAGAGAAAAAUAGGAUCCCUUCCCUGACUCAAAUUCGUUUUUUCAUUUCAUUUCUAAACUAGGUAUACUUACUUGUACAAGGGGUUACAUAAACAGCAAACUGUUUUGUUUGGAUGCUGAGGGUGUAGUGAUGAUGCAAACGCAAAACUGUAGUGCACCUGGUGUUGGGCCUGGUGGGUUAUACGUUGUUUCUUACAUUCUAUGCCAAAUUAUUUUGUUAACUUUUCUUGGUGCCCAAGUUUUCUCUGUAGUUAAAGUAGAAGGGUAACAUUUUUCAACGAUGAAAACAAAUAAUAGAAGCUUGAAAAUGAAUUCUUUUGGUGGUAGAAGUUCCAGUUGAUAAUCGAUGUAAAUGAAC